UGAACCACACUCAAUAAUUAUAGUUUACUACUCCACUUAUGUCUGAGGCUCACUGCAUGCUGCUCAGUGUGAUAGCAUCAUAUAAGAACAAGGGAAGUCAUGACUUUUCAUCUGACAGGUGUUUGGCUGCUGCUCAUGACAUGUACUGUGUUGGUGUUCUGUGAAAUGGAAUUCCUGGAGAGAACGCAGGGUGACUCUAUAGAGUUCUACUGUAUCUCUGAGUUCAGUGCCUCCAAGCCCAUUGGGUUCUACCUGAAACGAAAGUGGCUGCAGCCCAACAGAGAGGUCCUGUUCAUAUAUACUGAACAAAACCCUGUGUUUCACCCUGACGUCAAAGAGCGCAUCCAUGUCAUGGGAGACCCGAGUACUCACCUGGUCAACGUGACCCUCAGCCAGCUGAAGGGAACAGACACAGACCUCUACUACUGUGAGUUUGUCUUCCCCGAUUCCUCCAGCUUAGAUCAAAAGAUUCCAAGCAAGAUGGAGUUCUUUCUGUACGUUGUCGAUGCUGACAGUUAUAGUGUUUGUAUCCCAUGUGGAGAAGAUGCCCCAGACAGCAAGAUGGAUGUAGGCCUAAUAGAGACGUGCGCCGGGGGGUCAGCUGUUCUCCCCUGCCUCGCCCCCUACGGUUCCCCCUCGGCCAUGGAAGGGGUAUGCCUGAAGAGGCGGUGGGGCCGGGCUCCAGUGGAGGUGCUGUUCCACUCAAAGCGCCCCUUUUCCUCCGCCUCGUUCCCCCCAGAAGAAAGGCUUCACCUGGGCACGGGGCUGGGCGGCCUGGCCUACAACCUCACCCUGCUCAAGAUGCAGCCGGAAGAGAGCGCCUUUUACAGCUGUGAGCUGCUGCUCCCCGGCAGGCCCGACAACAGUGCCAGGCUAGGGAGACACGUAUACUUUGUAUCUGUGCAAGAUGUUAGGUGUAGCUGUGCGGGUUACGCUCCACUGCUCUAUGCCCUUUCUGCUACUGUGGGACUGCUACUCAUCUUCGUUAUGGCCCUGGGAGUGGCUCAUUAUGGUAAGACCCGAGGCGACCGUGUCAAACCGCAGCCCCACCAGGUCUCCAUCUACGAGGAGAUGGUCGGGGUGCGGCCCCCCAACCGGAAUGGAAAAGUGUCCCCCCUUCACCUGGAGGAAAAGGAUGCUUCCGCCUAUGACACCCCCCCCCCUCUGAGGUCUCGACAGGAAAACCACUAUGAGAGGCCUGAAGGGGUACCGCUAGUAUCUGAAACUGUUGGGGAGAUGUGAGGAACGAGGUUGGCCCAAUCUCACCAACACUGUGUUUAACUAUUCAUUUAUAAACUGGAGUCUGAACUAUAACUACAACUUACAUAACUUUCAAUUUGGACAACCAACAUCCACCUUAGUUUGUUGUACUGUAAAUGCUGUUGUGGAGUUUUAAUCAGAGAUUUUUUGUAUUUUAUGUAAAUGCUGGCAGCUGAAUGUUGUAGCUUUUGCUUUUUUAAAGGAAUGGUAUUCCAUUUUUUUUUUUUAUAAAGUAAUACUUGUCUUGA